AUGAGCGUCCAAGAGGCUAUCAAAAAGGUAGAGGAAAAGGUCAAAGACCUUUCCGUAGACAAAAAGGACAAAAAGAAGCAAAAUAAACAGGCUUCUUUGUACUUGGAUCCUGAGCCAGAUUUCAUCGAGGAAAGGAUAAAGUUCUUCGAGAAAUUGCAGAAGGAGUAUGAGGACAAAGUUGCUCAAAUGCCUCGAGUACCAUUGAAGGUGGUUCUUAAAGAUGGAUCUGAGAAGGAGGCCACUGCUUGGGAAACCACUCCAAUGGAUAUCGCCAAACAGAUUGCCAAGUCUUUCUUCGAAAGACAGUGUAUCUCAAAAGUGAAUGGCGAAUUGUGGGAUCUUGAGAGACCCUUGGAGGGCAAAGAAGGCGAUGUUUUGAAGUUAGAAUUUUUUGACUUCGAAUCUGACGAGGGUAAGAGAGUGUUCUGGCACUCUUCUGCUCACGUUCUAGGUGAAGCUUGUGAAUGUAACUUGGGUGCCCAUAUCUGUUUGGGACCACCAACUGAUGAUGGUUUCUUCUAUGAAUUUGCGAUCAAAAACCCUCCUGGCACCGCGGAGGAUGUUCCUGAAAGAACAGUCUCUCAGAACGAUUUCCCUAGCUUGGAAGCUGUUUCAAAGAAUGUUAUCAAGGAGAAGCAGAAGUUCGAGAGAUUGGUCAUGUCUAAGGAGGACUUGCUAAAGAUGUUCCAUUACUCCAAAUACAAGAAGUACUUGGUCCAAACGAAGGUUCCAGACGGUGGUGCCACCACAGUUUACCGUUGUGGUAAACUGAUUGAUUUGUGUGUCGGUCCACACAUUCCUCACACCGGCCGUAUCAAGGCUUUUAAACUACUUAAGAACUCCUCUUGCUACUUCUUGGGUGAGUCGGACAAUGACUCUUUGCAAAGAGUUUAUGGUAUCUCUUUCCCAGACAAGAAAUUGAUGGACGCUCAUUUGAAGUUCCUCGCCGAGGCUUCCAUGAGAGACCACAGAAAAAUUGGUAGGGAACAGGAACUAUUCUUGUUUCAUGAAAUGUCCCCAGGUUCCUGCUUCUGGUUGCCACAUGGUACCAGAAUUUACAAUACCUUGGUCGAACUUCUAAGAAACGAAUACCACAAGAGAGGAUAUGAAGAAGUCAUUACACCAAACAUGUACAACUCGAAAUUAUGGGAGACUUCUGGUCACUGGGCAAAUUAUAGAGAAAACAUGUUCACCUUUGAUGUCGAAAAGGAAACUUUUGGUCUAAAGCCCAUGAACUGCCCUGGUCACUGUUUAAUGUUCAAAUCAAGAGAACGUUCUUACAGAGAACUGCCAUGGAGAGUUGCAGAUUUCGGUGUCAUUCACAGAAAUGAGUUUUCAGGUGCCUUGUCGGGUUUGACGCGUGUUAGAAGAUUUCAACAAGACGAUGCUCACAUUUUCUGUGCUCAAAACCAAAUUGAACAAGAAAUCGAAAACAUUUUUGACUUUUUGAAGUAUGUUUACGGUGUCUUUGGUUUUGAGUUUAAGAUGGAACUUUCCACGAGACCAGAGAAAUACGUUGGUGACCUCGAGACGUGGAAUAAUGCAGAAGCUAAAUUAGAAGCUGCUCUGAAAAAGUGGGGUGGUAACUGGGAGUUGAACCCUGGUGAUGGUGCAUUCUACGGUCCUAAGAUAGACAUCAUGAUUUCUGAUGCCUUGAAAAGAUGGCACCAAUGUGCUACUAUUCAAUUGGAUUUCCAAUUGCCAAACAGAUUCGAACUUGAAUUUAAGUCGAAGGACAAUCAAGAAAAUGAAAACUACGAAAGACCAGUUAUGAUCCACCGUGCUAUUCUGGGUUCUGUUGAAAGAAUGACUGCUAUUUUGAUUGAGCAUUUUGCCGGUAAAUGGCCAUUCUGGCUAUCUCCUCGUCAAAUUUUGGUGGUUCCAGUUGGUGUGAAAUAUCAAGAUUACGCACAGGAGGUUCGUGACAAAUGUGCCGCUGCUGGAUUUUACGCAGAUGUCGAUUUGUCCGGUAACACACUUCAGAAGAAGGUUAGAAACGGUCAAAUGCUCAAGUAUAACUUCAUCUUUAUCGUAGGUGAGCAAGAAAUGACAGAAAACUCUGUUAACAUCAGAAAUAGAGAUGUUAAGGAAAUGCAAGGUAAGAAUGCUACCAUUCCAAUUGACACAGUUUUGGAACAGCUAAAGAGCUUGAAGGAUGAAAAAAGAGCCGACAAUGAGCUGAUCUAA